AUGAAAUCAUUCACUUCUGAUCAAACGAACCUUCAUCAUGUAGAAAUAUCUGACACCAACACCUUCACCAACGAAGAAAUAUCAAGCUCCAAAACCAUUGACACCAAAUAUGGAGAAAAACUCAAUCUCCAUUUCACAAAAUUUCCAGUGCUGUUGCCAGUGAUUCAUCUCUCUUCCGUGGAACAAUCGUUACGAAAUGCACGACUUUGUUUUUCCAUUGAAGGAAUUGAUGGUAUCAUUCUCAUUGCACAUUCACACCAUCAUCAAUCAUUGUCUUCACUUCAACUCACGGCACAAUGUUAUGCAGCAAUUCGGAAUGAAUUUCCAAAUCGUUUUAUUGGAGUGAAUGUUUUGAAAUUUCAACAUGCACCUUUGGAAGUGUUUGAUUGGGUCAUGAAAAAUUGUCCCGGUUGUCAAUGCAUUCAAACAGAUCAAGCAUGGGCUUGUGUGAAUAAGAAUUUGGCAAAGAGAAUUCUGGAAGCAAGAAUACGUUCUGGGUUUUCUGGAAUUUAUAUGGGAGGAGUUGCUUUUAAAUAUCAAGAACGAGUUCAUGAAAUGCAAGACGCCACUCCUGAGCUUCCAAUAGAAGCCAUUAAAGCUCUGAAGCAUGCUGGAUCUCUCACAACGAAAUAUGUAGAUGUAGUGAUCACAAGCGGAACAAAAACUGGUGAUCUACCAUGUUUGGAAAAGGCGAAAACUUUGAAUUCUGUUUGUCAACCGUUAGCAGUCUCUGGAGCAGGGGAAUAUCUCGAAGAUUUUGCACCGUUUGCUCAAGUUUUUCUUUCAGCAACAUUUCUUUCCAAAGAAUGUCCAAAACAUGGCAUCAUUGAUUCAUGUGACGAAAGUUUUUGCGAGCUUGAUGAAGAAAAAUUGAGGAAGUGGGUUCAACGAAGAAAUAAUUAUUUACUUGACAAUUAA